CUAAGCAGUUAGUCAACAAAUGCCAGUUUUCAUAUUCUAAUAAGAAUAUGAAUUCUCUUGAGUUUUUAAAGAUUUUUCUGUCUUUGAUUAUUAGCCUUAAAUUUUGUAUGAUUCUCUGCUGGUGGGCUAUGUCCAUUUGACCCGGAAACUCCUUUCCAAGAAAGUCGUCUCUAUGUACAGUGCACUUGGAUGUGUCAUCACCAUUCACACUCAUUCGGAUUGAAUUAUUAAUUUUCCUUUCAAAGAAAGCGAUUUUGAUUCGUUCCAAGAAAGAGGGUUCAUAUUCUGAUACUAAUCAGGCUCUUGAGAUGGCUUGGAAUGGUGAAAAGAUGAGACUUCCUUUGUCUCAUAUGGCAGGCGAUAACGUUGCUGUAGAUUCUGGCCAUGCUCGGCUCAAUGAACUUGGUUACAAGCAAGAGCUUAAACGUGAUCUCUCGAUGUUGUCAAAUUUUGCGUUUUCGUUUUCGAUUAUAUCAGUUCUUACUGGUAUAACGACUCUGUAUAAUACGGGUUUGAAUUUUGGUGGGACAAUUUCAUUGGUUUAUGGGUGGCUUAUUGCUGGUGGGUUCACUAUGGUUGUGGGAUUGUCCAUGGCUGAGAUUUGUUCUUCUUAUCCAACGUCUGGUGGUCUUUACUAUUGGAGUGCAAAGCUUGCUGGCCCAAAAUGGGCACCUUUUGCCUCUUGGAUGACUGGCUGGUUCAACAUUGUUGGUCAGUGGGCUGUCACAACUAGUAUAGAUUUCUCACUGGCACAGUUGAUUCAGGUGAUCAUUCUUCUUAGCACAGGUGGAAAAAAUGGAGGUGGAUAUGAGGCAUCUAAAUAUGUAGUUAUAGCUUUCCAUGGGGGAAUUCUGCUUUUACAUGCGAUAAUAAACAGUCUUCCUAUCUCAGUAUUAUCAUUCUUUGGGCAGCUGGCUGCUCUGUGGAAUCUUCUAGGUGUCGUGGUUCUUAUGAUUCUCAUUCCCACUGUUGCAACGGAGAGGGCUAGUGCUAAGUUUGUGUUCACUCACUUUAACACUGAUAAUGGUGAUGGAAUCGGCAGUAAAGUCUAUAUAUUUGUUCUGGGUCUUCUAAUGACUCAGUAUACGCUUAGUGGGUAUGAUGCAUCUGCUCAUAUGACAGAGGAAACCAAGAAUGCUGAUAAGAGUGGACCAAAGGGCAUAAUUAGUUCCAUUGGCGUAUCUCUAAUUUUUGGAUGGGGUUACAUACUCGGUAUCACCUUUGCAGUUACCAACAUACCUUACCUUUUGAGUGAAGACAAUGAUGCUGGCGGUUAUGCCAUAGCUGAAAUAUUUUACCUGGCAUUUAAGAGUAGAUUUGGCAGUGGAGUUGGGGGAAUUCUUUGCUUGGGAAUAAUUGCUGUGGCCAUAUUUUUCUGUGGCAUGAGUUCAGUAACAAGCAACUCUAGGAUGGUAUAUGCAUUUUCAAGAGAUGGAGCCAUGCCAUUUUCUUCUCUGUGGCACAAAGUGAACAAGCAGGAGGUCCCCAUAAAUGCAGUUUGGCUCUCUGCAGUUAUAUCAUUUUGCAUGGCACUAACAUAUCUAGGAAGCAUUGUGGCAUUUCAGGCCAUGGUCUCUAUUGCAACAAUUGGACUGUACAUUGCUUAUGCCUUACCCAUCUUCUUUAGGGUGACUUUGGCACACAAGUCUUUCACCCCUGGACCUUUCAGCUUGGGUCGUUAUGGUCUUCUGGUUGGUUGGGUUGCUGUCCUAUGGGUGGUAACAAUCUCAGUCCUCUUCUCGUUGCCUGUAGCCUACCCCAUUACCAGUGAGACACUCAACUACACUCCUGUUGCAGUCGGUGGCUUGCUCGUUCUUACUGUUUCUUCUUGGAUCUUCAGCGCUCGCCAUUGGUUUAAAGGUCCUAUAACCAACAUAGAUAGCUGAUACUUUAUACAUGUAGUGUUCAUUGAUUGUCAUUCUUUUGAGCAUAAUAAUAUAUGAUUGAUUUCUCAACCA